UACGUAUGUGUGUGGUUAGGUCGCAUCUGGAUACGUCCAAGACUUCUAAUGCGGCGCUAGGUAUAACAAACUAAGGACCCCAGUAGCUUACAAUGUGCGGAGAAUGGAGAAUGGGGAAUGGGGAAUGGCCGCUAGGGAGAAAGGAAGCAGAAGGGAAAUGCUGAAGGUCGUCAACGUGCGUGAUCACGUAUUCGUCGUCACCGCGGAUUCUCGCGAGGCCCAAGUAAUAAGCCACAACAAUGUUUUUAGCUCUAUCUACUGAAGACUGCCUUGUGGCCCGUCUGAUCCGAGGCCGCCUGCCUACCGGGCCACUUACCAGUCACUCUCCUUUCCCCCCUUUACGCCUAUCCUUAAUCCACUGGCUGCCACGAUGCCGCCCUCGACAUCCUGGCCGUCGCCAUCGUAGCCUGAGAGUGCACGUCUAUGGUGCAAACGUAAAAAACGCAAUUCCAUCGGGUCCGACCAAAGUCGUCUACCCUCAUAAUCCGCCAAACUCCGGGGCUGUGCAUCCAUCAUGCUCGAAACUGCUGCGGCGGCAUUUGAGCUGCAGUCAAAUAGGGUAUUAUGCGAAUGCCGAAAAGUCCUCCCUCUUCAGUCCCUCUUUUGCUAUUCGCAAACCUAUACCCUCUAUCUUUUUUUUUCUGUUUUGUUUCCUUCCUUCUUUAGAAAUCAUAUAUCACUUAGGCAUCUCGUAACCAUGCCACCGGGGCGAGAAUCUUUUGACAGAAACCCCCUCGUACCGUAGGAACCAAGGGGUGGGUGCCGCGGGGGAAGAGAGGAUCAGCGAGAUAGCCAGUCACACGGGCAUUGUGACGAGCUUCUCCGUCACUCCACUCCCAAUCAACCGUGACGAGGAGGGAGAGGGAAGGGGAGAAGGGGGGCGAAC